GGAGCCAUGAAGAGACUUGUUCGCUAGAGACAGAUGGUUCGGGAAUGAUGGACGUCCCCAAUGGCCAAUCAAACGUCUCCGCCUCGGCCAUCACGGCCUCUGAGAAGAGCAGCAGUUCGGAGUCCCUGAGUGACAAGGGCUCCUCUGAGCUCAAGAAGAGUUUCGAUGCCGUCGUCUUCGAUGUGCUCAAGGUCACGCCAGAGGAAUAUGCAGGCCAGAUCACGCUUAUGGAUGCACCUGUCUUCAAGGCCAUCCAGCCAGAAGAGCUGUCGAGCUGCGGUUGGAACAAGAAGGAGAAGCACAGCUCUGCCCCCAACGUAGUGGCCUUCACACGCAGGUUUAACCAGACGAGUUUCUGGGUGGUUCGGGAGAUUCUUCAUGCCCAGACGUUGAAGAUCAGAGCAGAGGUGCUGAGUCUCUACAUCAGAACUGCCAAGAAACUGUGUGACAUGAACAACCUGCAUGCGGUGAUGGCCGUGGUGUCCGGACUGCAGAGCGCCCCCAUCUUCAGGCUCACCAAGACCUGGGCGUUGCUGAGUCGUAAGGACAAGGCUGCGUUUGAGCGUCUGGAGUACCUGAUGGCCAAAGAGGACAACUACAAGCGGCUCAGGGAACACAUCAGCAGCCUCAGCAUGACCACAUGCAUCCCAUACUUGGGUAUGUACCUGUCAGACCUGACGUAUGUGGACUCUGCGUAUCCCUCCACCGGCAGCAUCCUGGAGAACGAGCAGCGCUCCAACCUCAUGAACAACAUCCUGCGCAUCAUCUCCGACACACAGAGAUCCGUCGAAUACGAUAUCCAAGUAUUACCCCACGUGCAGAAGUACCUCAACUCUGUACGCUACAUAGAGGAGCUGCAGAAGUUUGUGGAAGACGACAACUACAAGUUGUCUUUAAAGAUAGAGCCGGCCACCAGCACCCCUCGAUCCACUGCCUCCAGGGAGGACCUCGUAGGUCCAGAUGCGUCGGCUUCGCCGCUGUGUGGUCGUCGUGGCAACAUAGCUGAGAGCUGCAAGGUUCCGGGCACGCCCCCCUCGCCACGCAACCUGCUGCCCUACGGACACAGGAAGUGCCACAGCCUCGGAUACAACUUCAUCCAUAAGACCAGCACUGUGGAGUUUAAGAGUGCGACCUUCCCCAACGCGGGGUCACGUCACCUGCUGGACGACAGCGUGUUGGAGAGCCACACGCCCACCAGGGGGCAGACCGAGAGCUCCACACUGUCCAGCGGGAUAUCACUAGGGAGCAGUGAAGGCUCUGAACUCAGCGAAGAAAUGUCAUGGCCUGCCUUCGAAAGGACGCGCUUCUAUCACUCUCUGGGCCCAGUAACCCGCGUGGCCCGCAUAUCAUGCAGAGGAGUUCUCAAACCCAGCAGCUCUGCGGAGUCGGAGGAGCUGGCGGUGCACCUGUAUCCCGGAGCCGCCACAGUACAGGGAGUCCUGCGCCGCAAAACUGUCCUCAAAGAGGGCAAGAAGCCCACGGUGGCGUCGUGGAGUAAGUAUUGGGUGGCGCUGGUCGGGACACAGCUCCUCUACUACCCUGCCAAGUCCCUGAAGGCCACAGAGAGGAAGCAUUUCAAGUCUUCCCCCAGUAAGAGUGUGUCUGUAUUGGGUCUGAUGGCCAUGAUGCCUGACGACCCAGAACACCCUGAUGUCUUCCUGCUCACAGACUCAGAGCACGGCAACUCAUACAAGUACCAGGCCGGCAACAGGAUGAACGCUCUGACGUGGUUCAAGCACCUGAGUACAGCCUGCCAAGCAAACAAGCAACAGGUCCCAGCUAAUCUGAUGUCCUUUGAGUGACACGAUGCGACGUCUGCCGAUGAACAGACGGACAGCCAGCCAGACGGGGGAGCGAAGCAAAAAGGAAACCCAUGAGAGAAGAGAAGAGCGAGGGAGAGAAAUAGUGAAAAUAGAAGAGCACCAGGAUGAAGAGAAGAUGGGAGUGAAACGGAAGCAGAAGAAGAGAGAGGGAUGAAAAGACAGCGAGAGAGAGGAAGAGGAGAGAGAGCGCGAGGCUCAAUUCAACACUACUGGGAGCUUUCCACUGCCACAAGCCCGACACAACACACACACACACACACACACCCCUCCUCCCCCAGCCUCAGCGCUUACUACCCGCCUCGCCCAGCAACACCUGCCACCAUUGCCUUAAAGAGUGCACCAAGACGUGUGUGCGUGCGUGCGUCUGCGCCUGCGCGUGCGUGUGUGUUAACCUACUGGACACUCAGCAGCCGAAUAGUCAGAGUCACGUACCGACGGCAAGCCCCUCCCUCUGCAAACACACCACUGCAGCCAGCAGCCACGCCCAGCCAUGGGGAACUGGGAUGUGUGUGUGUGU